AAGACGAGAGAGGACAGAGCAGCUCCACUAAACCUAAAGGAAAAAUGCUGCAGUACCCGGCUUUCAUGACCCAGUACCCAUGGUCGACCCGGAUCAUUCCGACGUCGCAUUUGCUUCCACCGCAGUGGCCCCAACCCCAAAACGACGAGCUCCUUCUUGCUAUGGAAGAAUCCGAUUACGAAGACAAGUGUAAUGAAAUCAGAAAGGCGAAUAACAAUUUAACCAUAAUUGGGAAGACUAUCAUUGAUAACGAUAAGGAAGAUAUUGACAAUGAUGCAGAUGAUGAUGAUCCUGAUAACGUGGAAGAGUCCGAGGGUGAUGAAUUUGAACAGGAAACUGGUUGAAUUUGAGAAAUGUUUUAGUGUGCAUUAUGCCAAUAUACGUUAGCCAUUUGAUUUACUUGUAAUGCACGAGGAACGUCCUCCUGUCAAUCUCUUAUGCUUUAUCCAGUAUACUGAUAUGUAGCUGACUUCGAUUGUAUUAGAAAUAAGGUGUAGUUUGUUGCUGUAUGUAUGCACAUUUAAGCCUUUGACUGGAGAAUUGAUUAAUGGUCC